CUUUGAUAUGUUGGUUUUGAGUUAGUGUAAAUGAUGUUUUCCUUGCUUUAACUUCUUGUUGAAGUUUGGGUUUAAUGUUUUGUUUGUGAGCAUUUAAACAGCUGUUCUCUUUUCUGCUGAAGGCCUCCAGGUGCAAUUGAUUGUUGGGGUUUCCCAGACGGAUUUGCAGGGCUUGAGAGAUUUGGUCCAGGGGGAGGUGUGGACGUAUGUGGCCUGUAGCCACAGUCAGAUCCUUUCACUGAGAAGCUGUGGGAGGUUGCAAGCACUGUGGAAGUGAAAGAUGGAGCACAUGGCUAUUUCCUGGACAAUGGUGUGCUGGUGAGGAAAUGGCUGCUUUGUAAUGAGUCAAGACCUCCUCUGUGCCUCCUGUUUUUUGGAGCAUCCUCCCGCUGUCUCCUCCUCCCUCCUCCUCCCCCCAGUCUCCCCCCAGCAGCAGGAGGAGCAGCAGUGUGUAUCCAGCAGCAGCAGCAGCAGCAGCAGCAGCGGUGUAUAGGUGUUUUGGCGGAAGGAGCAGGAGGAGAACGCGGAGUAGCGGCAGAGCGAUGCUGAGAGCGCGGCAGUAUGUCUUCCACCCUCUCCUCCUGGUCCCGGACCCUCCGAGUCUUGCUCCUUGUGCAGCUCCUCCUGAUGCCCCCGUGUCUCCUCCACCCGCAGCCGUGCCACCUCCUGGCUCAGAUCGGACAUACGGUGCGCGUCGGUGCGCUCCUGCCGACGCAGCGGGCGGCUCGCGUGCAGGUGCAGGCGGCGCUGAGCCGCGCUGCUGCCGCGAUGAGCCGGGACCAGGACCGGGACCCGGAGCUGGAGCGGGACACGCAGCCGAAGCGGGACAACUUUCUGCCCUACAACUUGAGCCUGGAGCUGGUGUCCCGGCAGCCGGCCACCGCCGACCCGGAGUCCUUGUUCCGGUGCGUGUGUCAGGGCGUGGUGGUGCAGGGAGUGUCCGCCGUCCUCGCCUUCCCGCAGAGCCGCGAGGAGCUGCUACAGGUGGACUUCAUGGCGUCGUUCUUGGAGAUCCCGUUCCUCAGCGUCUUCGAUCACGGAGAACCGCUCCGCACGCAGAAUCGGUUCCACCUGCAGAUGGUGAUGGGGGUUCCAGAAUCUGGUCUGUCCGACCUGCUGCUGACGGUUCUGCAGCGGUCCGGUUGGAGGGAAGGUACUGCAGUCCUGUGUCGUGGCUGGGAGGAGUCUCAGGGUCUCCUGCAGUUCCUCGGAGGUCAGAGCGGGAGUGGUGCACCUCGGGGCGGUGAGGGCGGGGCCACUUGGCAUCUGCGAGCCAUCCUGAACCUGACUCAGUCGGCACAUGAUGACACUCAAAUCCACGACUUCCUGUCCCAACACUUCUCCACACAGAACGAGCCCUCACCAGCGUCAGUGCUGCUGUUUGGAUCCGACCCGCUGUGUGCGGCAGCAGUGCUCCGCAGCGCGCAGGACUUGGGCCUCACAUUACCCAUGGUGCACUGGGUGCUUGGCCAGCCACUCAGCCCUGAUGCAUUGCAUGCCAUCGGGCUGCCACUCGGCCUGCUGGCCUACGGAGAGGUGGAGAAGAAACCACUCGACUUCUACAUCAGAGACGCCCUUCAACUUGUCACCAGGGCUGUUGCCGCAGCAACCAUGGUGAGACCAGACCUGGCCCUGAUCCAGAACAUGGUGAACUGCUAUGACAAACCCAACAAACACGAGGUGCCCUCAUCGGGACAGUAUCUGUCCAGGUUCCUAUCCAACACGUCUUUCUCUGGUCUGACGGGACCAGUCCAUGUCCAUCAGAACCAUUCUCAGGUGCUCACCUCGCAGCGGUUCCACAUCUGGAGCUUGCGGCGGGAUGCACUGGGUCAGCCUACUUGGGUGACGGUGGGCAGCUGGGAGGGAGGCGAGCUGCAGGUGGAGGAGCAGGGGGUGUGGCAGGGACCCAAAACUCGACACAGGACAGAGGGAAUGGGCAGGAGAACCAGGGGGCGCUGGAGGGCUGGGAUGCCGGUACUGGGGAGUCGAGUGCGAGUGGUGACAUUGGUGGAACAUCCCUUCGUGUUCACGAGGGAUGUGGACGAUGAGGGCAGCUGCCCGGCCGGGCAGUACUGCCUUGACGCCGGCACCAACAGCUCGGAGAAUCUGGAGAGGUUCUUCCAGGAAGUGGCAGGCGGGAAUAGCAGCUUCCUGCCACCAGAGUACAGUAAGUGUUGCUAUGGUUACUGCGUCGACCUACUGGAGAAGCUUGCCGAGGACCUGGGCUUCGAGUUCGACCUUUACAUCGUCGGGGACGGGAAGUAUGGCGCAUGGAAGGGUGGACGCUGGACGGGGCUGGUGGGUGACCUCCUUAAUGGGCUGGCAGACAUGGCCGUCACCUCCUUUAGCAUCAACUCAGCUCGCAGUCGGGUCAUUGACUUCACCUCGCCCUUCUUCUCCACCAGCCUGGGCAUCCUGGUGCGCAGUAAGGACACAGCAGCCCCCAUUGGUGCCUUCAUGUGGCCUCUGCACUGGUCCAUGUGGGUGGGCAUCUUCCUGGCGUUGCACAUCACAGCGCUCUUCCUCACGCUGUAUGAGUGGAAGAGUCCGUAUGGCAUGACGCCUCACGGACGCAAUAGGAUCCGCGUGUUCUCAUACUCAUCGGCUCUGAACCUGUGCUAUGCCAUCCUGUUUGGUCGCACGGUCUCCUCCAAGACACCCAAGUGCUGGACGGGUCGCUUCUUAAUGAACCUAUGGGCCAUUUUCUGCCUGCUGGUGCUGUCCAGCUACACCGCCAACCUCGCCGCCGUCAUGGUGGGCGAGAAGACCUUUGAGGAGGUUUCAGGGAUCCACGACUCCAAGCUGCAUCACCCAUCAUGGGGUUUUCGUUUUGGAACAGUGAGGGAGAGCAGCGCCGAGGACUACAUGAAGAAGAGUUUUCCAGAGAUGCAUGAGUACAUGAGACGCUUCAACGAGCCAACUACACCUGAAGGAGUUGCCACUCUCAAGACAGAUCCCCCUCAGCUUGACGCCUUCAUCAUGGACAAAGCUCUGCUCGACUACGAAGUUUCCAUCGAUGCUGACUGUAAACUGGCAACUGUCGGGAAACCCUUUGCCAUCGAAGGUUAUGGUAUUGGCCUGCCUCAGAAUUCUCCUCUGACCUCCAACAUCUCAGAGUUCAUCAGCAGGUAUAAGUCUGAGGGUUACAUGGACCUGCUGCACGACAAGUGGUACAAAGUGGUUCCAUGUGGGAACAGAGUGUUCGCCGUCACUGAGACUCUUCAGAUGGGGAUCAGUCACUUCUCAGGACUCUUCUUGUUGUUGUGUAUUGGAGUGGGCGGAGCUUUGCUGACUCUGGCAGGUGAACAUGGUUUCUACCAACUCGUCCUGCCACACAUCCGCCGCCGACAGAACCUCAAAUACUGGCUGCACACAUCACAGAAAAUCCAUCGAGCUCUGAACAUGACGUAUGAAGACGUGAAGAAGCAGCGAGUAGAGAAAGAAAAAAGCUGUAACCUGCAGAAGUCUCAGCCUCCCUUGGCCCCCCCGGCCCCCCCAGCUCCUGGAGCUUCCGCCAAAUGGAACAACGAGACCAGUAAGGACGCCGCCGCUGCCGCCGCCGCUGCCAUUACCAAGGAUGCCCGAGACUUUAAACGAGUUCACUUCAAUCUGGAGACCCUCAACACUCGCCGCCUGCUCGCUCGCAUAGCAGCCUCUGAUGUCAAGGGAGGCGGGGCCAAAUGUGAAGGGGGCAGUCCUGCCAAGCCCCAGCUGCUUAACAGUCGACUGUAUGAGAAUGGAGGGCCAGCAGCUUCUUUAGCCAGCCUGGUGCUUUCUCUGCCCUCAUCAUCCUCCUCUUCCUGCUCUUCCUCAUCUGUUCAGCCCAAAACUGCUGCCUCUCCCCCCAUAUCAGUGGCCCCGCCUCCCACUGGAAUGGCCACACCUCCCACUGCCGUGGCCCCGCCCCAGCCUGGCGAGCUGCAGGAGCUGCAGGAACAGAUCGAUCAGAUGAGGGAGAAGCUGCGGAUGGCUCUGGCCAGGAGGGCCGAGAUCCAGACAACUCUGACCAAACCUGUCGCCACGGUAACCAACAACACAACUCCAGUUUCCACAGCGACAGCAGCAACGACGGCGACAACAGUAACGGCAGCAACAACAACGGCAGCAACAAUGGGAGCCCCGCCCACCACCGUCACUCUGGUAAAGUCACUCCCUUCAAACAUGAGGUGCGUGACGACCAUGACAGACCCACCUCACAAAGUCUUGUCCAAAGUCCGUCCCCUCCAAAGCAGACUGACCAAUCAGAGGAGGUGAUGUUCUCUGUGCAGAUCACUGUGCAGAUCACUGUGAACACAGCGGCCAUUUUUAAAUGUUUGAUUUAAUUAUUAAUUUUAAUUUAGUCUCCUACAGACACUUGGAAGAAGAUCAGGGAUUUAAGGGAUUAUGUGUCAGGAGGACUCACAAUUAGGGGACACUUAUUUCACUAAGGAGCAACAGAGGACCCCAAAGUAAACCCUGGGGUCCACCAGAUUAAAGCACUUAUAAGUUUGACUCUUUGAUUAAAUAUUUUUGCAGUUGUGCUUCCUUAAAGCAGCUUCUUGAUAAUUUUCAUGAGUUUCUCACCUGUUAGUAUCAGUAAUAUUUAAAUCUCUGAGCUUCACUCUCCGGCUCAGACUGUUUGGACCGGCUGCUGUGACACUCAUAUGUGGAAGAAACAGGACCAACAAGAAAUCCAAGAAACAACAGCUACAAUAAGCAAACGCAAUAAGCAAACACAAUAAGCAAACUACAAUAAGCAAACACAAAGUAAUCCAGGUGGAGAUUUACAUCCAACACAAAUGUUGCUGUCAAUGCAAUAAGCAGUUUGUUCUGUGUGUAACAGCACCUUCAUGUUAAAUGCGACGUUUACAGGUAAAUUUCCUUCAUAAGAUAUUCAUCUUCAACAAAGGAACAAAUUCAGGUGUUAAAGGCACAUUUGUGAUGAAACUUUUCUAGUUUCAUCUCAACUGAAACACUUGAGUUUCAUUUAAGCUUGUUUUUUAUUUUAUUUAUUUUCUGUCACCAUAUUUUGGUCAUAUUUUUCUGUGGAGUAUUUGCACAGUUUACUUAAAAGUUGUUUAAAAACAAAGAUGAACCCCUUAAUUCAUUAUAAUUAUCCAACAAACCCCUUUAAAAUCCUUAUCGAUUAAAAGCCAUAACGUGGCACCAUAACACUAAACCAGUGGUGUGGAGUGAAGAAGGGAUUUAGUUUUUAUGGGUUUUUUUCUCCCUCAAGCUCCUAAAACUGUGCAGAUAAUCCAUUAUUUAUCCUCAUAAUGUCCCAUUAAAUACUCAAUCAUUUAUUUGCCUGGUAAUAAUGAUGUAUUUUGAUGGGCUUUUGAGUCAUGGCUGAAUCAUUAGAUUGUGACAUCUUGAGAUAUUUUAUUUAAUAUCUCAACAGUUGAAAGGCUUUUUAAGUGAACAAAUAACAUGAACUCAUCUCAUAGUUAGGGUUAGGGUUAUUCCUGCUCCUUUAAGAAAACCCUUCAUCAGUGUGAAUCAUUCAUUAAACCCUUUGAAUUGAACUGUAUUGAUAAACUUUGCAGAUAAUCUAUUAAAAUGUCUUUAUAUGUUACAGUGCAUUCAUGUAUUAAAUGUCCCUUUGAAGACACCUUGAUCGAAACAAAUAAGAGUUCUGAUGUCUCAAUAUGUAAUUUUUAAACUACUUACUUUUUAAAAAGAAAAAAUACUGUUAAUGUGCCAUGGUGUUAUUGAGUAUCCCUGAUUUCUAAGGGCUUUUUAAGGGUUUAACUUGAGUCUGGGGGUUUGAGGGGUCAUUUCAUGGACUGUAAAAUGUUAAAGUGUUUAGAGAUGGAUUCUGCUCAGUUUAAGGAGAUUUGACUUCCUUGAAGUGGCCUUUAGUUCACCGUCCUGUAGUAGGAAAGAAUUCCGAGCAUUGUAGCUGUGAUUAGCUUUUUUAAUCUUGUGAUGGCGAAGUGUUGACAGGAUGACCAUGACGCAGUUCUGAAAGCUGCCAUCUUUGAACCCUUACUGUGUUUUUAGUAACUGACUGAUGUCAACAACAGGAAACAGCUCUGGAUGCUAACUGCCACUAGUUGCUACAGCUAGCAGGUAUGCAGUGAGCCUCCUGCACUGAACAGUGCCCCCUGCUGUUUGCACUGAUGAUAGUUUAUAUCGGAAGUCAAUAACUUUCAACUUAAAGGGACAUUCCCACAUUUUAUGAAAUCCGCUGUAUUCUUCAGAUCUUAGAUGUUUCUGUGUGUCCAGGGCUGUUAGCCUAGCUUAGCACAAACUGGAAGCAGAGGGAAACACAAACACAUGACGCUUCCUGUCUUUUAGGCUAAGCUAGGCUAACAGUCACUGACAAAUAGUGGAGAGAAAAAAGGGAGGCCUGUCCCUUUAUGAAACUCUGUGAUAGACCAGGUGAGACCAGGUGUACCCACAGAUUCAAUCCAUGUCUUCCCUUCAAAUAAUUGUUUCUAUUAAGCGUUCACUGACCCGUCGGUUGAAAGUGGUGAGCUGUGAGGCAUUCACUGUCUUGUCUAUUCUGUGUGAAAAGUGAAACUGAGGAUGUUUCUGUUCAUGUUGAUCGUCACAUCAUUUGGAAAAAUUAAAAAGGAAGUCUGUGUUACCAAA